UUUUAAAAAUGCAAAGCAAAUAAAUUUUUCAGGCCUUUUUGUAUUAAAAAAUAUACUAGUUUUGCUUUUUUACAAAAGUGAGUCAUUUCUUUUGUUCUACAGAUAUGAGUCGAAUUUUUCAAAAAUUGACUAAAAUACUCGUGCCUUAAAUACUCCACCUCUCCCUCCCCUAUUCUCUCCUUGCGAACCUAUGUCUCUCCCGAUGGCGGCAGCCUUGAGCACUUACCCCUCCUUUGCUUGCUGUGCACCAACUUUUUUAUCGCGUCUGUAUCAUGGUGUUCCUCACGAAUGAGAGGAAGACGAUGAACUUGUUCCGCUCGUGGUCUUGGCUGUUUGGAGCUUUGUUGGAGACAGAGAAUAAGGUGGCUAGGAGGAUAUCAAUGAUCUUUGGUCAAGGAUGCUUUCAAAGCGAUGCUCUGAGCGGCACCGCCUUCGUCUCUAUCGCGGCGACCUCGCAGAAGGAGGCUGAGAGCAAUCACGGCGGCGAGCAAGUCACGUUUCAUCAUCAUUGUCUCGCUCAUAAGCGAGGUUUGGGAGAAGCGUGGCAGCGAUGUAGGAGCGGUGGAAGAGUGAGAGAAAGCGGAGAAGAAGGAGAGCAACGAGGGAGAGAGAAAAUAGGGCUAUUUUAGUCCGUUGUUAAAAAAUUCAGUCCGAAUAUGUAAAAAUAAAAAAUUGGGCAUGUUAAAAAUAAAAA